CUUGCUCAGUUAAAGUCUUUAAUUACACAGCUACUCACCUCACCUGGUUUAUUGGGACAGCAUCCUGAUUUUAAGGUGAAACAGGCCAGUACAUUGAAUCUUGUGGUCUGCUAAGUUAUAUUUUUCAACACAAUAUUAGAGAUGAAUUCAGUCCCAAGAAAGCAGGUCCUGGGUCUGCAGUUUUUUCCAUACUUAAAAUCAGCAGCCAAUUCAGGCUCAAUCCAGACGUCGGUAGCUGGACAUACACCGUCAAGAUUGAUUAAUUGGUGAUCUGACCAAACAAAAAUCGACACUGAAGAUAAGACAUUUUGUUUGUUUCUAUUUUAAUGUUACUGAAUCUAGAAUUAGUAAGUGCCGAUGGGACACACAUUUGGCCUGAAGAUAUGACAAACAUCCAGUACAACAGUUGACUGUUUACCAUCCAUUUAAUUGCCUAUGUCUCUGUCCUGUAAUAGCACAGCACGGCCUGUGUGCUAGAGCUACAUUUUUUUUGUUUUUCUAUUAUUAUUAUUUUCAUUUGCUUAUGGGCAUUCUGCUUUUAAAGCAUUCAGUCUUGGGUGUCCUUGGGUGAGGUAGUGAGACAGAGAUUAGUGCUGCGGACUUUAUAUUGCAUGUAAAGGGGGUUCUACCAGCAUCAAGAUGUUUUCGGCUCUGAAGAAGCUGGUUGGGUCUGAGCCAGGGCAGGUGAGGGACAAGAACAUCCCUGCUGGCCUGCAGUCAAUGAACCAGAGUCUGCAGCGACGCUUUGCCAAGGGAGUCCAGUACAACAUGAAGAUAGUGAUCCGUGGAGACAGGAACACAGGCAAAAGCACGCUGUGGCACCGUCUUCAGGGACACAAGUUUCUGGAGGAGUACAUUCCCACCCAGGAGAUCCAGGCCACCAGCAUCCACUGGAACUACAAAACAACGGAUGAUGUGGUGAAGGUGGAGGUCUGGGACGUGGUGGACAAAGGCCAAAAAACCCCUCUUCCCGAAGGUUUAGGUAAAGGUAAAAAGCGAGGGGAGAGCCUGAAGCUGGAGAACGAGCCCCAGGAGUCUGAAGGUGAGAUGGCUCUGGAUGCCCAGUUCCUUGACGUUUAUAAGAACUGCAACGGCGUGAUCCUGAUGUUCGACAUCACCAAGCAGUGGACCUUCAACUACAUCCUGCGGGAGCUGCCCAAGGUGCCCACCCACGUGCCCGUGUGCGUGCUCGGCAACCACCGGGACAUGGGCGAGCACCGCGUCAUCCUCCCCGACGACAUCCACGAGUUCAUCUCGGGCCUCAACAGACCUAUGGGUUCAUCCUACAUCCACUAUGCCGAAUCUUCCAUGAAGAACGGUUUCGGCCUGAAGUAUUUGCACAGGUUCUUCAACAUUCCGUUUCUGCAGCUGCAGAGGGAAACGUUGCUGCGGCAGCUGGAGACCAACCAGCUGGACAUCGACGCCACCCUGGAGGAGCUGACUGUGCAGCAGGAGACAGAGGACCAGAACUACGACAUCUUCUUGGAGAUGAUGGAAGCCCGCAGUAAAGGCUAUGGUUCCCCAGGCCCGGCCAACGGACAGAGCCCGUCCUCGGGGUCCCAGUCCCCCAUCGUGCCCCCCAGCGGCGCCUCCACGGGCAGCUCCAGUCCCGGCACCCCGCAGCCCCCGAUCCCCUCCCAGGUUCUGCAGUCCCCUUCGCCCUCUCCCUCCCCUCCUCCCCCCCUCGCUCCUCCCGUGGCUGCGGCGCCCCCUGCUGCUGAAACACAGCCCCCGUCGCAGGCGCCUGAGAGUCCCGCUCCUUCCCCCACGCCGCCGGUCGCCGCGGCGACAGCAGCCCCGCCCCCAAAACGUGGCAUCAUCUCCCGGCUCUUCGGGAUGGGCUCCGCCCCCGAAGUUCCGGCUGCUAAGCCUGACCCUCCCCCCGCCACGGCCCCGCCCGCGGUGCAGAGCGUGGAUGACUUCGUGCCGGACGAGGGCCUGGACCGCAGCUUCCUGGAGGACAGCCUGCCCGGGAAAGGCAAGGAGAAGCCGCGGACCGCGGCGGCGGCGGCGGACAGCGAUAGCGAUGGAGAAGGCAGAGGAGGUAACCCCAUGGUGGCGGGUUUCCAGGACGACCUGGACCCCGACGACAGGGAGCUAGCCCAAGCCCUGCCCCAAGGGCCGGUCCCCAGCAAAGACAUCACGUUGUCUAGCGACGAGGGGGAGGGGCUGGGAGAUCUGGCUCCGCCCACGAGUCGGAACAGCGGACCGGACAGCAAAAGUUCUGACCUCGUCGCGGAAACCCAGGCCAACCCAGCUGAAAAGCUCACCAGCAGCCUGAAACCCGAGGUCACGGCCCUCGCCCCCGCCCCAGCCGCGACUCAGCCCGCGCAGCACGGCCGAAAGAAAGGGGUCGCCGCCGGGGCGGAUUCCUCGGACACCGACCCAGAGGCCCCCGUCGCCAAGCAAAUGCUGUCCUUCGUCAUGGACGACCCCGAUUUUGACAGCGAAGAGUCGGACAGCCAGAAGAUCAAGAAGGACGCGUUCCCCGUGCUGGACGACCUGUCCGACCUGACCGACGAGGAGCAGAAACCCGCCGCCAUCCCCGAGCCUCUGAAGCCCACCGUCCUCUCCUUCAAGGGCAAGAACGACGCGGACCUGUUCGGCCUGGGGAUCCCGGAGGGCGCGGCCAAGGUCAAGGACAGCAGCGAGGAGCAGGAAGAUAAAGAAAGCAAACACUCCAAGGACAAGAAGAAAAAGAAGAAGAAAAGUAAAGAGGAGGAAGACAAAAGCAGCAAAAAGCGAUACAAACACAAGAAGAAAGAGAAGGAGGAGGCUGGAACGGGGGACGAGAAGGAGAAGAAGAAGAAGAAGGCAAAGGCCAAGAAGCCCGGGGACUUGGACGACCUGGAGGCCUUCUUGGCGGGAGGGGAGGGGUCGGCGAAGAGAGAGGGCGGAGACUACGAGGAGCUUUAGAGCGCCAUUCGUCCCCGUCGGCGGUCGGCACGUCCAUUUUAUCGGCUGGGCUUCCAUGCACAUUCGGCCUCAGCCAAUCAUUGAGGUUUUUCUUGCUUUGGGUCAUCUCCAUCCCUCCUCACUCAUUGGUGCCUAUCCCCCCCCCCCCAUUCCCCCCUGCCCACCAUCCAUUUUAAGUGAUUUUAUUUAACACGGAUGCUGCUGAUGUCGCACUCAAUUACCAUAGAAGAAAAGGACGUUCGUUUACUCGCUGGGCAGCACAAACUGUGCAUCACUAAAAGACGGAAGAGGACCAGCAACGUGCCCGCAACCUUUACUUUUUUUAUCACUGUUCUUAAACUGGGGUUCUCCAUGCUUUUGUCAUUUCCUGUUAAGGACUUGCCCCAGCCAGAAUGUUUUUGCCUCUGAACUUCUUGUGUCAGGUGUAAGGUCUGUGUGAGAGCAUGCUGCCAUGAGUCUUUUUAGCUGAACAUUGUCUGUUACUGUACAUACACAUUUAAUUGUGAAUACGAUUUAGAUAUCCGCAGACACUUAAGAUAUUUUUUUUAAAAGAGGAAGAGAACAAUCGCUUUCAGAUGGUCAAAUGUCCAAAAUAACGGUUCCAGAAGUCGCACGCCUAGUUUUUUAUUUUUAUUUUUUCAAUGACUGACCAAAAGGCAACGGUUUGGAUUAAAUUCACAGCACUUAGUAAAAGGCUGUUUUAACUAAGAUGGGUGGGUGGGGGGGGAGGCAGGAUUAAUCCCCAGUUUACAACCACGCAAACCACCAAAACAAUACUGCUGCAUUUCAGUGGUUAUCUGUAAAUGCCUUAUAGGAAGCUUGCCUUUUUACACAAAACUCACUGAGCCACACCGCUCUCCUCCCACACUGCAAGUGUUCUUACCGCACGCGAGCAGAAACGAACGGAGAAGAGCGGCAGCGUCCGCCUAAAGGAUUCGGCCUCGGUACCGCUGUCGUUGGCGAGCGUUCGUCUCUCUCGUCUGAACAGGAAGCCGCCGCGGACCUGGGGCUGUAGGGACAGGUGUUCCGAGGGGACACCUGCAGGGGGCGGUAGCGCGCGCUCGCGCGGACGGCCGUAAUUACUCUCGUUCUGAGCUGCUGGAACACUAAGCGUUACCGUGACGUCGCGUCUUUUUUUUCCAGGGUCGUUUCUGUGCAAUUGAGCUUCUGACCUGCUCGUCUUUCUUAAAGUUUGACAGACCAAAAUGAGUCUCGACUGGCACUCCGGAAGGCAGCUCCUAAUUGUUUUUGCGAUGUUUGUUUUUAUUUUAUUUGAUAUUUCUUCACAUGCGUUUCCUGCGUUGUGUGGCGAUUCACAGAUAGGUUUUUCCUUGAUGUGCACAGGGCCAGGCUUGUGUUACUUCACACGUGCACUAUGUGUAGAUCACGGCUGUCGCAAUGAGGCGGUUAAGCGGCCAAUCGGACGAGGUGUGACAAUUUGCAGGGAGAUGAGAAUACAGCCGCUUAGCUCUUCUGAACUUAACAUCACUGUCGGACUAACCGUGGCUUCUCAGAAGAUGGCUGCUGUAGGAAUUGUGCUGUUGUACAAUGGCUGGCUUAAAGAGCAGCGAGCAAGUAUAGCACUGUGUUACGGUUGCAGAAGAAGUCUAGGCGGCGUCCCCCCAGACAAAACCAGCUCAGCUGGCCGAUAUAAAUAAGUCCCACAACCAUUAGAGUUGUACUGGUGGGAGUUCUGCCACUGCCAGCUUGAACAGGUCUGUGUAUCACAUCUCAAGCCCUAUGUGUGUAAAGGGCCAGCUGUGAAACUGCACUAAACGGGGCUCCUUCCCUCCAUUGUCUCUUCACUGGAUGACAUCACUGGCUUCUCUGAGCUCCACAGGGACAGAAUGGAGCUACGGAGGCUCUGGCGCACCACUGCUCCUUUGCACUAAGGGACUACCGGAGGACGCCUGUCGCCAUGGAAGCAGUCUGCCGAAAGACCGCCGAUAACCGCACGUGCGCCCGCGCCUCAUCUGCAUCUUCACUGUGAUGUCACUUCCUCUCAGAAGGCAACGAAAUUCAGCGUCUUUUCCUUGACCUUUUUUUUUUUAUUUUUAUUUUUUUAUCUUCGCGCUCCCAGUUAGUUGGGAAAGUUUGAUUGAUCGUUGAUUUUUCUCUCUCUUUUUGGCUAACUUAUUAGUGUUUGUUUUUAAAAUGCGUUUCCUGUGGAUAGAUCUAGUGCGCUCCGGAGGCACAUGAACAAAUGAGCUGUGGUUUUGAAAGUGCAGCGUGUGAAACGACGUCACAGAGCAUGCUUUUACGCUAUAAAACCCGCCCAAAUGGCAUUCAGGAAUUAAUAACUGGCUUCGCGGAAUACGGACAAUUUCUCCAAAGCAUUAAUAAUCUACAAACAGGCCGUCAUUGCUCUGCGAAUGCCUGCUAGUUAUUUUUCAUUGGUUUGAUGCCCAAAUACUUCAGAACCCACGUAACUUAAGAAAAAAAUUAAAAUUAAAAAAUGUUUUUGGUAUCCCAUUUGUCCGUCCUGUUCAUUGGAUAUCUGUAAAAUGUGUUCCAUGUUGUUUAUUUAAUCUUUAAAUAAUAAAGAGAAUACAAUUUUAACUCCGAGACGAUGCAUUUGAAAAUCAAUUGCUAUACAGUCAUGUACCUGCUCAAAAGGCGAUACUGUAAUUAAAAGGUACUGGGGAGCUGGAUAUUUCAACAUGCUUUUUAGGAUGGAACCAGCAACAUGAUAUUAAAUACAAUAAGAUGAAUUUAAGAAAUAAUAUGCUUUUUUUUCUCUCAUGGAUGCUUCCCUUACCACCCUGUGAAACUGUGUUCGGUUUGUCAAAUAAAUGCAACCAUUGUUCUUAA